AUGGAUGCUCCCCCGCCUGUUCCCAAGCUGCCUGGUGACAUCAUCCUGGAGGUCUUUAGCCACAGGUCUCUGCGCUUCCCUGGAGCCCAGACCAACGAAGAGUCCGACUGUGGCGACAACGAACGCCUAUCGAUGCUGGGUGAGAAGGUGUUGGACACUGCGGUGACGUUCACCCUCUUCAAUAAGAAACCGUUGCGAACGCACAGGACAUCGAGGUGCUCCCAGCGCAUGGAAAUCCUCUCGGAGGCGAAUCUGAACAAAUGGGUCGCUAACUACAAGCUCAGAGAGAAAGUACGCUGCAGCUCUGAUGCACUUGCCAGCCUCACAAGCCCGACAGAAACACAUUUGCUCUUCUGUUCGUAUGUCGGUGCAGUCUAUGUGCAGAAUGGGGUGGAGACGGUGCAGAACUGGAUCGGGCAUCUCAUCGACCCGGACUACGAACUGUCCGUUCCGGCUGCCGGCGGCGAGCCAUACACGUACAAGAGAGUCAAAACCGAACCUAUGAGCUCGCCGACACCCCCUCCUUUCAUGGCUCCACUGCAGCCAUUUCCCAUUGACCUGCUUGCCCCUGCGAAGGGCCAGUCCACGUUUUUGCCGCUGUUCAACCAGACAGCGAACCAGCGCAGGUUGGCGGUUGAUUACCCGGCGCAAUUUUCAGGCCCUCCACAUGCUGGGCGUUGGACGGUUCAGUGUGUUGGUGCUAACCUUCGAAACACAUUGAACGGUAUCCCCAAAGGCGAAGGUUCCGAUGCUAGCAAGCAGCUCACCAAAGGGGAAGCGGCGAGACAGGCAUACUACGCGAUGGGAUGGGCACCU